CGCAUGCGCAGUUGCAACGUUUCAAAUAUAAAAUCAAAUGCGUUCCUUCCCAAAGCACAUUUUAUAGAAAACCGAGUUAUAAAGGUUUUCUUCUCUUUACUUUCAAUUUCAGUGUUAAGUACUUACAAAACUUACCAUGUCUCCACCAGCUUACAAAGUCGCGGACAUUAGUCUUGCUGAAUGGGGCCGUAAAGAGAUGAGCCUCGCCGAAAUUGAAAUGCCGGGACUAAUGAGCAUAAGGGAAAAGUACGGCGCCCAAAAGCCCUUAAAGGGAGCUAAAAUUGCCGGCUGCCUGCACAUGACUAUACAGACGGCUGUACUUAUUGAAACUUUACUCGAAUUAGGUGCCGAAGUUCAAUGGUCAAGUUGUAAUAUAUUCAGUACGCAAGAUCACGCGGCGGCUGCAAUUGCCAAACGAGGUGUUCGCGUUUUUGCAUGGAAAGGUGAAACUGACGAGGAGUACAUUUGGUGUAUAGAGCAGACACUGAUUUUCCCUGAUGGAAAACCUUUUAAUUUGAUUCUUGACGAUGGUGGUGAUUUGACUAACUUAGUUCAUACCAAGUACCCAGAAUAUCUUAAGGAAUGUAGGGGAAUUAGUGAGGAAACUACCACUGGAGUCCACAAUCUUUACAAAAUGUUCAAUGAAAAUGUACUUAAAGUUCCUGCCAUUAACGUUAAUGAUUCAGUUACAAAGAGUAAAUUUGACAAUUUGUAUGGAUGCAGAGAGUCAUUGACUGAUGGCAUCAAGCGUGCAACCAAUAUAAUGUUGGCAGGAAAGGUCUGUGUCGUAGCCGGAUACGGGGAUGUCGGUAAAGGCUGUGCACAGUCCUUGAGAGCUUUUGGUGGUCGUGUAAUUAUCACUGAAAUUGAUCCUAUCAUCGCACUUCAAGCCGCAAUGGAAGGUUACGAGGUGACAACCAUGGAAGAAGCAAGUAAAGAGGGACAAAUUUUUGUCACAACAACCGGUUGCAAAGACAUUAUUCGCGCAGAACACUUCAUGAACAUGCGUAAUGACAGUAUUGUAUGCAACAUUGGUCAUUUCGACUGUGAAAUUGAUGUUCUAUGGCUAGAAAAAAAUGCAAAGAAGAAGGUUAACAUUAAACCACAAGUAGAUCACUACGAAUUGCCCAACGGUAACCACAUCAUUCUGCUAGCAGAAGGUAGACUUGUCAAUCUCGGUUGUGCCAUGGGUCAUCCUUCCUUUGUUAUGUCCAAUUCUUUUACUAAUCAAGUGUUGGCCCAAAUCGAACUGUGGACCAAACCUGGCCAGUUCCCAAUCGGUGUCCACAUGUUACCAAAGAAAUUAGACGAAGAAGUUGCAGCUUUACAUUUAAACCAUCUUGGUGUUAAGCUAACGAAACUUACUGACGAACAAGCGAAGUAUUUGGGUGUACCAGUCAGUGGUCCAUUUAAACCUACCCACUACAGAUACUAAUGCAUUUUUUUGUACUUAAAUGUGUAACGCUUUUAUUAAAAUUUUUAAGAUUA